AUGUCGGAGAGACCCCCAGGUGGUCUUACAGGCAACACAGAGCCAAAUCCGCGAGGGUAUGUAAAUGCGGUUAUGACCAGGAGUGGCAAGACUACCGGACCCAACAUAUCGGACUCACAACCGAUCACCAAAGCGGUCCCGACUGAUACACCGGACGAGGUUCAAGCCAGGCGAGGCUCAGCAAGUACAGCACAAGUCCAGGAGCCAGUCAAAGAGCACACUCCUCCAGUUCCAUAUCCGGGUAGGCUGAAGAAACAGAAAAACGAAAAACAGUACGCCCAGAUGCCGAAAUACGCGAAAUUCUUAAAAGACAUCCUCUCGAAUAAGCAGAAGCUUGAGGACAUGUCCUGUGUGGUGAUGAAUGAAAGCUGCUCUGCCAUUCUUCAAAAUCGUCUACCCACGAAGAUGGGAGAUCCGGGUAGUUUUACGCUUACUUGCUUGAUUGGAAAUAUGUCUGUUAGCCAUGCAUUAGCUGAUUGGGGAGCGAGUAUCAACCUUAUGCCCUAUAAGGUUUUUACAAAGUUGGAUCUAGGUGAGUCGUCGCCUACACGAAUGAGCAUUCGACUAGCUGAUCGUUCUAUCAAGUAUCCACGUGGGUUUGUUGAGAAUAUGCUUGUUAAGAUUGACAAGUUUGUGUUUCCCGUGGACUUUGUUAUCCUGGAUAUGGAUGAGGACUCUAGGGUGCCUUUGAUUCUCUGA